UAGCCCACUGUCCUGCCCAAACACAACACUGUAAAAGUCUGCUAUGUUCUCUCUCUUAUGUCCCAUAUGACCUUCAGAACAUGUUUUCCCUGUCCUAUAGAUUCUCUCUAUUCUCCCCAUAUAUAUAUAUAACCCACGGCAUAAACAAAAACCUAUAGACUAUACUUUGAAGCUUGGUUUGUUUUUGAUCUGAAAAUGCCAACGGAUUCCGCAGAUCAGAGCAAGCGUCUAAGCAAGUCGUUUAACCAUGGAGCUCCACCGCCUGAACAAGAACAGCUGCCAUGUCCGCGUUGCGAUUCCACGAAUACCAAGUUUUGCUACUACAACAACUAUAACUUCUCUCAGCCUCGCCAUUUCUGCAAGUCCUGCCGCCGUUACUGGACUCAUGGUGGUACUCUACGUGACAUCCCCGUUGGCGGUGGCACAAGGAAACACGCUAAGCGUUCACGCACCGCAGCCUCCUCCCAUGUUUCUGCUACUACUACCACCACUACCGCCGCGACUAGUCAUAAUAACUUCCCGUUACCAGCUACGCCAGUUUUGUUGCCUAUCUCGGGUAGUCAAGGGAGUUUUGGUAUCGGUGGUGGGGAACCGAAGUGCAAUGGUGGUGGUGGAAGUUUUACUUCGUUGUUGAAUACUCAAGGGCCUGCUUUCCUGGCUCUCGGUGGGUUUGGACUUGGAAUUGCUCCGGCACUAGAGGAUGUUGGGUUUGGACUUGGGAGAGGAAUGUGGGGCUCUUCAGGAAUGGGAGAUGUAGCGGCCGCGGUCGGUGGCGGGGCUGCUGGUAGUAUGGGAAUGGCGAACACGUGGCAGUUUGAAGGCGGAGAGACUGGGUUUGUUGGGGGCGGAGAUUCCGUUUCUUUUUUUUAAUCUUGCUAUAUCAAAGUAGAUAUAAGAUUAGGACUUUAGUUUUUCUUCUUUAA